CAGAGGAGGAAACCAAAACAAAAAACAAACUGUGAUCAGGAACCGCUCAGUGGUCAAUAACUGAUAUUCAUCGAUCAGCGGGCGAGAACGAGACCGCAUGGGUUCUGAGAGGCGGGAAAAUUGUUUCUAACGGACCGGAAGUUCUGUCGGUACUGCUGACCUUUGACCUCCACCAUGAGCUCCCGGGUGUGCAGGACCUGCGGGGGGUCCGACAUCGACGUGGACCAGGCGCGUGGCAGCGCCGUGUGCACUGGCUGCGGCUCGGUGCUGGAAGACAACAUCAUCGUGUCUGAGGUCCAGUUUGUGGAGGGAAGCGGGGGCGUGUCGUCCGCCGUGGGACAGUUUGUGUCUGCUGACGGUCCAGUUAAAGCUCCUCUCCUUGGUUCUGGUUUCCAUACCAGCGUUGGUAAAGAGUCCCGAGCUCAGACGCUUCAGAACGGUAAGCGGCAGAUCCAGCAGCUGGGCAGUCAGCUGCAGCUCAACCAGCACUGCCUGGACACCGCCUUCAACUUCUUUAAGCUGGUCGUCAGCAAACACCUGACCCGAGGCCGCAAGACCGAGCAUGUCAUUGCUGCCUGCCUCUACCUGGUGUGUCGCACAGAGGGGACGCCACACAUGCUGCUGGACCUCAGUGACCUGCUGCAGGUGAACGUCUACAUCUUGGGAAAGACCUUCCUGCUGCUGGCUCGUGAACUGUGUAUCAACGCUCCUGCCAUUGACCCCUGCCUGUACAUCCCUCGCUUUGCUCACAUGUUGGAGUUCGGGGUGAAGACUCACGAGGUUUCCAUGACGGCUCUUCGUCUCGUUCAGAGGAUGAAGAGGGACUGGAUGCACACAGGACGCCGACCCUCCGGACUCUGUGGAGCAGCUCUCCUGGUAGCAGCUCGGAUGCAUAAGUUUCGUCGUUCAGUGAAGGAUGUGAUCAGUGUGGUGAAGGUCUGUCAGACCACUCUGAGGAAGAGGUUAACAGAGUUUGAAGACACGCCCACCAGUCAGCUGACCAUUGAUGAGUUCAUGAGAGUAGAUCUGGAGCAGGAGUGCGAUCCCCCCUCUUUCACUGCUGCACAGCACAAAGCCAAAAUGCAGCAGUUAGAGCAGGAGCUGGCUAAAAAGCUAGAUGAGGUUGAAGGAGAAAUCAGCUGCUACAAAAACGAGAUUGAAACCGAGCUGGAGAAGAGUCGGCCCAAACUCAGAGGGAUCUACGCCGCCUAUGCCAAAGAAGUUGACUCCGAGGACAACCACGAGGUUUUGUCCUCGCCAUCUGAGCCCGAGGAGGCUGAGGGCGAAGACGCUGAAUUCCAAGCAGCCACCCAGCACCUGACUGAGGACUUCCUGUGUCAGGUGAUCCAGGAGGAGCAGGGAAGGGGCACAAAGGGAGAUCACAGUGUCUCUGAACAGGAGGCAGAGCCAGAGAAGGGGGAGGCGGGACCACACCGUCAGGUUGCCCCUCUGACAUCCAUCCUGGGAAAACUGGAGAGCGCCGCCAGCCUGAGCCUCCAGCAGACCUUCCAGACCACCGACACAUCAGAGCCUGGUGGGAAAGCUAACGGCGAUCAGUCACAGAAUGAAGAGCUGGACCUGGAAGGUAUCGACGAUCAGGAGAUUGAUAAGUACAUCCUAAAUGAGAAGGAGGUUCAGGUGAAGACAGAACUGUGGAUGAAGCAGAACGCUGAAUACCUGAAGGAGCAGAAAGAGAAAGAGGAGAGGAUAAACAAAGAGAAGGAGGAGGGUACCUACAAGGAGAAGAAAAAGAAGUCAUCUAAGAAGCGGGAUCAGAUUGAGGCAUCAACGGCGGGUGAGGCAAUUGAGAAAAUGUUGGAGAAAAAGAAGAUCUCCAGUAAGAUCAAUUAUGAUGUCCUCAGAGACCUGAACAGAGGGACAGGAAGUCCCAGCAGGUCCCCUGACCACACCCCCGAUACCACUGCAACACGAAAACGACUCAACCGCCGGCGGCGUAGGAAGACCAGCGAGACUAACCAAGACCUUGCAGCUAACACCAGCAUCAUGGGGAAGAGGUUCCGACACCUCAUUUCCUCAACACCAAAGAAGAAGAAAAUAGUUCCUCAGGUAGAGGGUGCUGUCUCCAUGGAAACAGAAACACCAACAAUGGCUGAGCACAACCCACCCUCAGACUGUACUACUGAAAGAAGCUCCGCCCCCCAAGCUGCACCACUCCCUGUGGAGGAGGAAGAGGAAGAAGAAGAGGAGGAGGAGGCAGAAGACGAAUGCAUUAGCGCUCUGCAGCUGGUGGGAGAUUACGGCUGUGAGGCAGAGGAGGAGGAAGUCUUUUAGCUCUGCUCUAGUGACCUUUAACCCCAGUGAAGAAACUCCAUCCAGGCUCCAAAGCCGAGGCAGCUGAUCCAUGUCCCACAGAUCAAUAUAAUUUCUCAUAUCAGAGAAAUUAGUUAAUCUGUUUUUAAUUGUGCUCUGAUUGAUCGCUGAUCACUUUUAUUCCUACUGAAGCUUUUAGAUGUUUUUGUACCGACAUGAAAUCAGUUGUGUGUGUGUUUGUUGUUGUUUAUUCCUGUAUUUUAUCUUUCUGAUGUACAAACAAACAAUGAGACAAACAUUCCUUCACAAUAAAGAAAUCUGUGUGG